UAGCCCACGGUCAGACCAAUGGUUUUCCUUUAUGCACGGAUGUCAAGUCUGUUCUUAUCCCCACUAUCAAUUUAUUAUUUUCGUCCUGAGACCUAGUAUGGUUUAUGAUGAAACCGAAGCGCAAAUAUGAAACAAGAAACUUCAUGGAGAUAUCAGCACAGGUAGUGAGAGAUUUUGAUAUGCCACAUGACCGUCCUGAAAGUGAUGAUACUGUCAUGAGAUUUUGUGAGGAAACUUUACCUUCAGAAAGUAAAGAUGGCAAGAAACAAUGAUAGCAACUCGCCGUCAUCGGUAGGGACGUCAGAUGUACCUUUAUUGUCGGAUGUGGACGUAGGCUUUGGGGAUGGUGGGGAACCAAAGUCGCGGAAAAAUGGGAUGGCAAAACGAUCAAGCCGAUUUCCCGGAGCUUUUUUACAAACAGAUGCUCUAAUGAAGGAAAUCUCGUCGCCACAUACCGAUAAAUUCAUUUCACCAACAUCGCCAACGCAAUGGCCAGCUUCAGCGAAGGAGCCUUUGUUACCAGGAGAGGAAAAUGGUCAAAUAGACAGUCGGGGCAAUGAGGCUUUUGAUGUUCAGCCAAAAACUAAGACGCCUUACAUCAGCGCGGAAUACAAGCUGGCAUUGUUUCAUUUUAGAGUAAGUAGCCCUUGUACUGGAUGUCACCGCAUGACUAAAAUUUUCAACAGCGAAUAUUCUCUUACACCAAUCAUAAUGACAAAUUACUCCUCCUUGCAGCAGGAGGAGCUUCGGUAUUCACUGGCAUUACACUACCUCUCAUGAACGUCGUGUUUGGUAAGAUCCGUGGUCCAAAAUUUAUGUGGCCUCUUAGGAGUGCUAACUUUACUUACCUAGGUGAACUUGUUGGCGAUUUCAGCGGAUUUUAUAAUCCAGAUUCUGAUGAAACGAAGAAGAUGUUCACUUCAGCCAUCAAUCAAAAUGUGUAAGUGGCUCCAUAUGUAAAUAUAAACGAGGGUAAUACUAAUGUGAUGGUCUAGAAUAUAUAUGCUCUAUUUAUUUCUGGGCCGGCUGGUCCUUGAUUAUGUCGCUGUUGUGAGUAAAUAAUAGCAACCGCCGAUUCUCCAUCAAUAUUUUAACAUCCCUAUAGCUGGGCUUCCGGAUGGUAAGCAUUCGUAUAUCCGCAUCAAUGCGAAUAGCAUACCUCAAUGCUCUUUUUCGCCAACCUAUUUCGGUGCUUGAUACCCUACCGUCAGGACAAACAGCAUCUAUCAUAACCAUUACUGCAAACAUUCUACAACUAGGCAUCUCAGAAAAGCUCUCCACUUUUAUUCAAAGCAUGUCUUUAAUCUUCACGGCUUUGAUAGUCGCAUUUUACUAUAACUGGCUGCUCACACUGGUGACCAGCACGGGCUUAAUAUUCAUCAUUUCAUUUUAUUUGUAUACUAUUCCCCGAUUGGUAAAGAUGCUAAAGCAAGUGGAGGAAGCUGAUCAGGCGUCAUCCUCAAUUGCAAGUGAGGUGUUCAGUUCUAUUAGAAUGGUGGUUGCCUGUGAAGCGGAAGAAAAAAUGGCAAAGAGAUAUGCUGCUUGGGUGAAGGAAUCUCGGCGGCGAGGUUUACUCAUGUCUCCUUUAGUAGCGAUUCAGCAAGCUCCUGGUAUGUUCUUACAAAAUCGACCACAUUCCAUGUACUGACCAGCACUUAGUCUUCUUUGCGAUACACGCGUAGGUCCUCUUGUCAUGGCUAAUCUCACCCUCCGCUGAUCGGGAAACCAGUACGUUUGCGAUGUCUUUUUGGUUUGCAAUCAAAUUGUACCUGGAAUCGGAUAUUUCUAGCGUCUCAACUAUAAUUAUGUUUGUCCUGUCAAAAAGUCACUUCUCUUGAAUACAUAAUACUAAUGCCUUUUAGUGUGUUAUCAUCUAUAAUGACUAUUGUAAUGUCUGUCGGGGGUAUAGCAGCCCCCAUUACUGCCGCUGCACAAGCCGCUGGUGCUGCAGGUAUACUCUUUAGUAUCAUUGAUGCACCACAGCCGAAGACAGGCGGCAUAAAAGGUCGGGAGGUUUCUUCGAGGGAAGACAUCGUCCUUGAGAAUGUCAAUUUCGCAUACCCUCUUAGACACGGUGUCAAGGUACUUGACAAUCUCAAUGUUCGAUUUCCAGCUGGGAAAAUAACCGCUAUUGUUGGAGCAUCUGGCUCGGGGAAAAGCACCAUCGUCGGAUUGAUUGAGAGGUGGUACGAGCUGGAUGGAAACCUCACAGAUAAUGCACUUGUAAGUUCUAAAGCUCGAUGAAAUGUCUGAGAUUGUCACUGACCAAUCAAAAGACACUUUUCUUCCGAAACGGUACAAUCACUGUUGGUGGCCGAAAACUUCAUGAAAUUGACUUGAAGUGGUGGAGGUCACAGAUAGGGCUUGUACAGCAAGAACCAUUCCUCUUCAAUACCACUAUAUAUAGAAAUGUGGAGUAUGGUUUAAUAGGUACAAAAUGGGAACAUGAAAGCUACGAAAAGAAGAGGAAGUUGAUAAGACGAGCUUGUAAAGAAGCCUUCGCAGAUGAAUUCAUUAAGCGACUACCCGAGGUAAUUAAUACCAACAUACUCAUAACCCAACGGAAUAUAAAUGGUUCUAACAUCGAUAGGGCUACAACACAAUGGUGGGCGAUUUUGGGAUGAAACUAAGUGGUGGCCAACGGCAAAGGCUGGCAAUUGCGAGAAGUAUUGUCAAGCAGCCGAAAAUACUGAUUCUUGACGAAGCAACAAGUGCUAUUGAUGUCAGAAGUGAGAAGAUAGUUCAAGCCGCAUUGGAUAAAGUAUCGAAGAACCGAACUACUAUCACAAUAGCCCAUCGAUUAUCUACCGUCAUCAAGGCAGAUAAUAUUGUUGUCAUGAAGAAAGGGCAAGUGGUACAACAGGGAACUCAUGAACAGCUAUUGAAAGAUAUCGAAGGUCCGUACUGGGCGCUCGCAAAUGCUCAACAGUUAGGGAAUGAUGAACAUCCCAAAAAGACAGCCAAUAUGUCAAACGACCCAGAGAAACAAGACGUGGACUCCCCAACAUUUGCGAAGAUCAGCCUCGACCUUGGGGGCGAUCAAUCUAGCUUGGAAUCGCUGAGCCCAAUGAAUAAAAAUAAAACUCCUUUCGGAAGCUUUAUGCUCUUCCUCUGGGAACAAAAGCCGCGAUGGAUCUGGUAUAUUAUAAUGUUUCUGAGUUCAUUAGGCGCUGGCGCUUCAUUUCCUUUACAUGCAUUUCUGUUUGCGAAACUCAUUUCGCUGUUUAACCUAUGGGGGCAGCUUCUACAGGCUCAGACCAAUUAUUGGUGCUUCAUGUUUACGCUAUUGGCUAUUGGCGUGGGCAUUAGCUAUUAUGCUCUCGGAUGGUCUUCCAACACUGUCUCAUUUGUGAGUAUUGUCCAUCAUAUGCCAAAUCAAUGACUAAUAAUGAAACCAGAAUAUCACAGCUACAUAUCGCCAAGAAUAUUUCCAGAAUGUACUCUCAAAGCCGGUAUCAUAUUAUGACGAAGAAGAGAAUUCCGUGGGUAGUCUGACAGCUAGAAUGGCGAGUGAUCCUACUCAACUUCAGCAAUUACUCGGAAUCAAUAUGGCAAUUGUGCUGAUCUCGAUGUUUAAUAUCUUUGGAUCUGUGGCAAUGUCAUUUUACUUUGGCUGGAAACUCACUCUCUUGACUGUGGUGACGACAAUGCCCAUUAUUCUAGCUGCAGGAUUCUUCCGUCUUCGAUACGAAACUCAAUUCGAAAAAAUGAACAAUGAAGUCUUUGCAGAAAGCUCCAAGUUCGCCACCGAAUCCAUCGGUGCGUUUCGUACGGUAUCAGCUCUUACUCUAGAGUCGGAGAUUGGUAGACGCUAUGAAAAGCUUCUGCGAAAUUACACCAAGAAAGCUUUCCGCAAAGCUAAAUUUUCAACCUUUAUAUUUGCGAUGAGCGAUAGUAUCGCAAUACUGUGCAUGGCAUUUGUUCUCUGGUACGGUGGUCAGCUUUUAGCCAACCAUGAGUAUACGCCAUUUAACUACCUAGUUGUGUAUUUAGCAGUUGUGCAAGGAAGUACCACUGCAGGCCAAACCCUGAGCUUCGGACCAAAUGUUGCUCAAGCUUUUGCAGCAGCAGAUCGUAUUCGGGGUAUGAGACCCGAAUGUAAAAAUGAGCACGAUUCAGUGCUCUACGAUUUUGCGGACGCGAAUGAAGAGAAAAAUUCUCGUGGGGUGAAAAUUGAACUCAGGAAUGUCUCUUUCAAGUACCCUACUCGUGAUGUUUCAGUGCUCAACGGACUAAACAUGACGAUCAAGAAAGGUCAAUUUGCAGCCAUUGUUGGGCCCUCAGGAUGCGGCAAAACCAGUAUUAUAUCCUUACUCGAACGAUUUUACCAGAUACAGAGUGGUCAGAUUCUUUACCAAGAAACGGACAUCAGGGAUAUUUCUCUAGAUGAAUAUCGUAAAUCCAUCUCCUUAGUCGCACAAGAAGCUUCUUUAUUCGAAGGCUCCAUUCGUGAAAACAUUCUCCUUGGUGUCUCGGAUGAAGAAGAAAUCCCAGAUACAACACUUCAUCAAAUAUGUCGCGAUGCCGAAAUCCAUGAUUUCAUCUCCUCACUCCCUGAAGGUUAUAAUACUGCUGUUGGAGCACAUGGCGUUGCAUUAUCGGGUGGUCAAAAACAACGUAUCGCUAUUGCGCGAGCUUUGAUUCGGAAUCCGAGAUUAUUGUUAUUAGACGAAGCUACGUCGAAUUUGGAUUCUGAGACAGAGAGAAGUGUACAGUCUGUUUUUGAGAGAACAGGGAGAGGGAGAACUAUGGUUGUUGUAGCGCAUAGGCUUGCGACAGUGCAGAAUGCAGAUGUUAUUUUUGUGCUGGGGGAGGGGGGGAAUGUGGUGGAGAGUGGGAGUCAUGGGCAGUUGUUGGGGAUGAGAGGCUUGUAUUGGCAGAUGGUAUGUUACUUUCCCUGUUUUGAUGGCUGGUUUUGGUUGUGGAGUUAUUGCUAAUUAUUCGUCGUAGUGUCAAGCACAAGCUUUGGAUCGAUGAGUUUAGAGAUGGUUAUUUGGGUGUCUUAUGUUUAUUCGGCGUUGUUGUUUUGCGGGCGUGUGGGUUAUUGGUCUCCCAUACAUG